GGUCAAAAACCCUUUCCGCCUCUGAUCUCAUCCCACGCCCCCCGCCCUGAAAAAGGCCUCAUCGAUGUUUGACUGUUAGAUCGAAUCAAAUCGUAGAAGUAAAAAACUCUGCGUGCUGGUAGGCGGUAGGCCUACGUGUGUGCAAUGUAUAUUAAUCCCAAGAGGCGAAUAUGUGAACGAAUCCUUCUCCGGCGAACAGUUGGUGGUUUUGGGGGGUGAGAAAAAAUGGAAGACGGAAUUAGGGAUUUUUCGGAAGACGGAGGCGCGUGCGUCCCGCUCAUUCCGGAAGGGAUCGAGGCGGAUGGGGUUUCCUACGACGAUGCCCGGUUGAAUCAGCUGGGUUACAAACAAGAACUCCGUCGCAGUCUCUCGGCCAUAUCAAACUUUUCGGUGACGUUUACAAUCGUAUCGAUACUGACCGGCCUAACCACGACUUUUAACACUGGGCUGACCUACGGUGGGCCCGUCACGAUGAUAUGGGGUUGGCCCAUAGUGGGCUUGCUCACUCUCGUGGUCGGCCUCUCCAUGGCCGAGAUCUGCUCCGCCUAUCCCACCUCCGGUGGCCUCUACUUCUGGAGCGCUAAACUCUGCGGGAACGACUGGGGCCCACUCGCCUCUUGGCUCACUGGCUGGUUCAACAUUGUUGGUCAGUGGGCUGUUACGACAAGUAUAGAUUUCUCACUUGCAAAGCUGAUUCAGGUAAUUAUUCUGCUCAGCACAGGUGGGAAAAAUGGCGGUGGAUAUACGGCUUCUAAAUAUGUAGUUAUUGCCAUACAUGGUGGAAUUUUGCUCCUACAUGCUUUCAUAAACAGCCUUCCGAUUUCGUGGUUGUCCUUAUUUGGACAGCUUGCUGCUGCCUGGAAUCUUGUAGGUGUCUUUGUUCUUAUGAUUCUCAUUCCCACGGUUGCAACGGAAACGGCUAGUCCUAAAUUUGUAUUCACUUACUUCAACACUGCUAAUGGUGAAGGAAUCAGCAGUAAAGUCUAUAUAUUUGUCCUUGGACUCCUGAUGAGCCAGUAUACCCUUAGCGGAUAUGACGCAUCAGCCCAUAUGACAGAGGAAACCAAAAGUGCCGACAUAAAUGGACCAAAGGGGAUAAUUAGUGCCAUUGGUAUAUCUAUACUUGUUGGAUGGGGUUACCUACUAGGUAUUACCUUUGCAGUUACCGACAUCCCAUCCCUUUUGAACACGGAUAAUGAUGCUGGCGGGUAUGCGAUCGCUGAAGUAUUUUACCUAGCAUUCAAAAGACGAUAUGGCAGUGGUGCUGGGGGAAUCAUUUGCUUGGGAGUUGUGGCUGUUGCUAUCUUUUUCUGCGGUAUGAGCUCAAUUACUAGUAACUCAAGGAUGGCUUAUGCGUUCUCAAGAGAUGGAGCGAUGCCAUUGUCGUCACUUUGGCAUAAAGUGAACAAGCAGGACGUCCCCAUUAAUGCAGUCUGGCUCUCUGCUUUUAUAGCAUUUUGUAUGGCUCUAACGUCUCUUGGAAGCUCAGUGGCAUUUCAAGCCAUGGUAUCAAUAGCAACAAUCGGACUCUACAUUGCUUACGCUCUUCCCAUAUUCUUCAGAAUUACUUUAGCUCGCAAGUCUUUCACUCCAGGGCCUUUCAACUUAGGCCGGUAUGGGGUCCUAAUCGGUUGGAUUGCAGUUCUUUGGGUUGCAACCAUUUCAGUCCUCUUCUCAUUACCCGUCACCUAUCCCAUUACCGACCAGACUCUAAAUUACACACCAGUUGCAGUUGGAGGCCUUCUCCUUCUCACCGUUUCUUCUUGGAUCAUUAGCGGUCGACACUGGUUUAAAGGUCCCAUCACCAACAUAAAUAACUAACUGAUCUAUGUUUUGGAUACAACUACAUUUUCUCUCCUAGAAGAAGCACAGAUAAUAGCAACGGGUAGUUUCAUUGCUUUCAUGUUUUAAUAUCUGCUUAUGGUCUCUAUUUGUUAGUUCUCAUGCUGUAUAUUCGUUCAUGGAGCUCUGAAUAAAAGAAUUGUACUGCUCAAUAUUGGUAUACAAAUUCGUUUUUCAUUUA